AUGCCCGUUACCCGUCCGGCGCGUGCAACACGCCUCGUUUCGAACGAGAACGAUGAGAACAGCGGAACCACGCGCAUGACGCGUGCCAAAGCAGCUGCACUAAGCGUUGACGAGCUCGCUGUCCCAGGAAAGGCUCUCGCCACGAAGAAGUCUGCAACCAACGCGAUCCCGGCAGCUCAACGAACCAAACGCGCCGCCCUCGGCGACGUCAGCAAUGUUAACAAGCCAGAGGCUGGCGCAGGCAAGAAGCCUACCGGCAAGGUUGGCCUCGUCUCCAAGGCUGAGAAGCCUACUGGAAUCACCAAGAAGUCUACCAGCACCACCAGAUCUGUGGCACCCAGAGAGAAGAAGGACAAGGCACCCGGCUCAGGAUCCGGCGCGAUCUCGAAGAGAAAGGUCACGACCAAGGUCAUCAAGGAGGAGAAGGAGAUCUCUCUGGACGACAGCGAACCUAUGCGCAAGAAGCCAGCUACCGAGAGCCGAACCAAGUCCGACCAGGAGAACGUCAAGAGCCAGACUCCAGUCGAGUCUGAGCCCGUCAAUGCCAACAAGCCCUUCGUCUACCCCAAGAAUGUUACCAACCUGGACGAGGAGGACCUGGAUGACCCGUUGAUGGUGGCCGAGUAUGCCAAUGAGAUCUUUGAAUAUCUCAAGGAUUUGGAGUGCAACUCCAUUCCCAACCCCAACUACAUGGAGCACCAAGACGACUUGGAGUGGAAGACGCGUGGAAUUCUAGUCGACUGGUUGAUUGAGGUGCACACGCGCUUCCACCUCCUCCCUGAGACUCUUUUCCUGGCCAUCAACAUCAUUGACCGCUUCCUCUCGGAAAAGGUCGUGCAGCUCGACCGCCUGCAGCUUGUUGGCAUCACCGCUAUGUUCAUCGCCUCCAAGUACGAGGAAGUUUUGUCGCCUCACGUCGCCAACUUUCGCCAUGUUGCCGAUGAUGGAUUUAGCGAGGCUGAGAUCCUCAGCGCGGAGCGAUUCGUUCUUGGAACCCUGAACUAUGAUCUGAGCUACCCCAACCCUAUGAACUUCCUGCGUCGCAUCAGCAAGGCCGACAACUACGACAUUCAGUGCCGUACCAUCGGCAAGUACCUAAUGGAGAUCAGCCUCCUCGACCACCGUUUCAUGGCAUACCGUCCCAGUCAUGUCGCGGCCGGUGCUAUGUACCUGGCCCGCCUCAUCCUGGACCGUGGUGACUGGGAUGACACCAUCGCAUUCUAUGCUGGCUACAACGAAGAGGAGAUUGAGCCCGUCGUUCGCCUCAUGGUGGACUAUCUUGCCCGCCCGGUCGUCCACGAGGCCUUCUUCAAGAAGUAUGCGAGCAAGAAAUUCCUCAAGGCCUCCAUCCUCACCCGCCAAUGGGCGAAGAAGAGUGCUCCUCACUUCGGCAUUGUCGAUGUUCAUCUGUCCCUGGACCAGAUCUCAAACAAAGAAGACGAGCACUAUCCUGAGGAAGAGGAGGAGGAGGAGGCCAACUAUUAG